UGCAGUAAAAGACGAAGUAGCCGCGAACAUGGCGUCCUCCUACUAUCAAGAAAUGCAGGAGAAUUUCAGAAAUAAUAACAAAAGCCGCGAGUUUCCCGCUCACAGCGCCAAAGUUCAUUCAGUCGCCUGGAGUUGCGAUGGAAAGCGACUGGCUUCAGGCUCAUUUGACAAGACAGCGAGUGUUUUUGUCCUCGAAAAAGACCGUCUGGUGAGAGAAAAUAACUACCGAGGUCAUGGAGACAGUGUUGACCAGCUGUGUUGGCAUCCAACCAACCCAGACCUGUUCGUUACUGCAUCAGGUGAUAAAACCAUACGGAUCUGGGAUGUGCGCACUACAAAAUGCAUGGCCACGGUCAGCACUAAAGGAGAGAACAUUAACAUAUGUUGGAGUCCUGAUGGUCAGACCAUCGCUGUUGGGAACAAGGAUGAUGUGGUUACUUUCAUUGAUGCCAAGACUCACCGUCCACGUGCUGAAGAACAGUUCAAGUUUGAGGUCAAUGAGAUUUCUUGGAACAAUGACAAUGAUAUGUUCUUUCUGACAAACGGCAAUGGCUGCAUCAACAUCCUGAGUUACCCUGACCUAAAGCUCAUUCAGUCAAUCAACGCUCAUCCAUCCAACUGCAUCUGCAUCAAAUUUGAUCCCACCGGCAAGUACUUCGCUACUGGAAGUGCAGAUGCCCUCGUCAGUCUUUGGGAUGUUGAAGAGCUGGUGUGUGUUCGCUGUUUCUCAAGGCUGGACUGGCCAGUGCGAACCCUGAGCUUCAGUCACGAUGGCAAAAUGUUGGCAUCAGCCUCUGAGGAUCACUUCAUUGACAUUGCUGAGGUGGAGACAGGAGAGAAGCUUUGGGAGGUCCAGUGUGAGUCUCCAACCUUCACUGUAGCCUGGCACCCAAAGAGGCCGUUGUUGGCGUAUGCCUGUGACGAUAAAGAAGGGAAGUAUGACAGUAAUCGGGAGGCAGGGACUGUCAAGCUUUUUGGACUUCCUAAUGACUCAUGAGGAGUAAUUUCAGACAUGGACCUGGCUAUUAACAACUACACCAGCUGUAGUUAGCCAUACUGUAGUUAGCCUGCAUCUCUCUGCACACUGGCUUUGCUCUUUUAAUACUGGAAGAGAUCGUCAUCCCUCCAAGUCCAUUGUGCAUGGGAAUUGUUUUCGGCAUUUUGUUUUUUUCCUUUUUCUUUCUUUUUUUUUUUAAACCCCAGUUGCAUUCUAAUGUCAGUGCUUAAUUCUGUUAUUGUACCAACAGAAUAGCAGUCUGGUGAAAGCUAACUGGUUUCUUACUGUGACUCUUAAAAGGUGGAUCACCAGUUAAAAAAACACCAAUACUUGAUUGUUUCAUAGCUGUUUUUUUUCCUCACUUUGGUCAGUUUGAAAGCUGAAAACAUGAUGAAAUAAUGAGUAUAACGAGAAACAGCACUUACACACAGUGUAAUUUCCAACAGUCGAAAUAAUUUAGAUCAAGCUCCCCAGACUGGAGCUCAAGACCCUUGCUUUCAAAACAUCAGCUACUGCUUAUUUGUGUAAUUUUUGGAUGUGGCCACCAGAGGGCACCAAGGAGCAAUUCUGCAGCAGUGCACUGUUAUCUGUUGUUCUCCAGUGUAGGCAUUCCCAAGUGUUUUUCUCAUGAACCCAUGUUUUGUAUGGUGUUUUAUUAAAUAAACAAUGUUUUUGUAAUAUCAAUA